GAAUUUCAUUGCAAUUCCACACAAGAAGAAGAUGACGACUUUCCUGUUACAAAACCUCCCGCCAGUUCCUUCAUCUUUGACACCCAUUCGCUACACCUCCUCAAUAUCACACACACUUGUAUGUAUUGUCAAUAAUAAUAAUAGUAAUACAGAUAAACCCAGAAAAAUAAAACCCAGAAUAACCAAAAUCAAAAUCAAAGAACCAGACGAUUAUCAUGCCACUCUCAAAGCCCUCAAUUCCAAAGGCCGAACCCCACGAAAGGCCCUUGGUCAGCAUUAUAUGUUAAAUGGUGAAGUAAAUGAACAGCUUGUUGAUGCUGCCAAUGUGGGUAAUGGUGAUAUUGUUCUUGAAAUCGGUCCUGGAACUGGGUCGCUUACGAAUGUUCUUGUUGAGUCUGGUGCAAAUGUUCUUGCUAUUGAAAAGGAUCCUUAUAUGGCUGCACUUGUUACAGAUCGUUUCGCUAGUACUAAUCGUGUGAAGGUGAUACAAGACGACUUUACAAAAUGCCAUCUCCGAUCUGAGUUGUCGUCAUACAUGGGAAGUGAUUCCUCAGAUUCAAAUCCAUAUGCAAAGGUAGUUGCCAAUAUACCGUUCAAUAUAAGUACUGAUAUAGUUAAACAACUUCUUCCAAUGGGUGAUAUCUUCUCGGAUGUAGUCUUAUUACUCCAGGAUGAAACCGCUUUGCGUAUGGUGGACUCAUCUUUGAGGACUCAUGAAUACCGGCCCAUCAAUAUCUUCAUUAACUUUUACUCAGAUCCUGAAUACAUAUUCAAGGUCCCAAGGGAAAACUUCUUUCCUCAACCUAAAGUAGAUGCAGCUGUUGUUGUGUUUAGACUGAAGCAAGAAGUAGACUACCCCCAAGUGUCAUCAACCAAGAGCUUCUUUUCAAUGGUUCACUCUGCAUUUAAUGGGAAACGUAAGAUGCUGCGGAAAACACUCCAACACAUAACAUCCUCUCUAAAGAUUGAGGAAGCUCUUGUAAACAUUGGUCUUCAUGCUACUUCAAGGCCAGAAGAACUGACACUAGAAGAUUUUGUAAAGUUGCAUAAUUUGAUUGUAGAUGCAUAACACAAAUUGUAUUUAUAGAUACUCCUUUGUAUUGAGCAUAGGUAGGAAAAUUGUACUUGAUGGAUCUCUCAUCCUUGUAAGCUACUACAACAUUCAAAGUUGUAUACUUGUAUGGUACAAAUGUUGUAAACUUGUAAGAAGUAUUUGUGUAGAUUUGAGGAGA